AUGAGUCUUUGUGAAGAGAAAGAAGAUGAGGACACUGUCUCUAAAAUACAUUCUCCAUCUCCUGGAUCAAGCUGUGAUCAACCCAUGAAGAAUGUGCCCUCUGCCUUCAAUGAUGCAACACUGACCUCUGACCCCAGUAUCAUCGGGAAAAAGAGCCAGAGAUCAGAGUCCCCAGAGCCCAGCAGUGUAUCUCUGAAGAGUAACACAUCCAUGAUGCCACCCCUUGACUUCACUGAUGGACCAGUGAUCUCUGAUCCUCCUUUCAGCAGGGUGGAUAAAUGUGAGCCAAUCAGAUUUGUGCUGUCCUCUACAACCCACUAUCAGACCAACAUCAGACAGGAAAGAACUGAAACAGUCCUGCAGACACACACACUGGAGACUGGAGACCUGCAGAAAAUCAAAGUCCACCACAAAACCAGCAUGAAUAACAAGUUUGAAAGAUUAUUUGAGGGAAACAGUAUCCAAGAGAAUGAAACCCUCCUGAACAGGAUCUAUGCACAGCUCUACAUCAUAGAGGGAGAGAGUGAAGGAGUGAAUGAAGAACAUGAGGUUUUACAGAUGGAGAAAACAGCCAGAAUAAAACACUCACAAAAAACUCAAAUCUACUGCAACGACAUCUUUAAAGCCUCAGCUGAACCAGGAUGUGAGGAGAAAGAGCAGAUCAAGACUGUUCUUACUAAAGGCAUCGCAGGAAUUGGAAAAACCGUCUCCGUGCAGAAGUUCAUUCUGGACUGGGCAGAGGGGAAAGCCAAUCAGGAUGUAGAUUUCAUGUUUGUGCUUCCAUUUCGAGAGCUGAACUUGAUCCGAGAUCAUCAGUAUAGUCUUCACAGACUUCUGCUGGACUUUCAUCCUGAACUUCAAGAUCUGGACUCACAGAUUUAUGAGGAGUGUAAAGUUGUGUUCAUCUUUGAUGGUCUGGAUGAAAACAGAAUCACACUGAUGUUUUCAGACGCUCAGAAAGUGUGUGAUGUGACUGAGACUUCAUCAGUAGGUGUGUUGAUGUCAAACCUCAUGAAAGGAGAGCUGCUUCCCUCUGCUCUCAUCUGGAUCACCUCCAGACCAGCAGCAGCCAAUCAGAUUCCCUCCAAAUACAUCAACCGUCUGACAGAAAUUCAGGGAUUCAAUGAGCCUCAGAAGGAGGAAUAUUUCAGGAAGAGAAUCAGUGACCAGCAUCAAGCCAGCAGAAUCAUCUCACACAUCAGAAGAGCAAGAAGCCUCCACAUCAUGUGCCACAUCCCCGUCUUCUGCUGGAUCUCAUCCACUGUGCUUCAGAAGCUCCUGGAAGAAGAUCUGAGUGCAGAAAUCCCUCAAACUCUGACUGAAAUGUACAUCCACUUCCUGCUGAUUCAGAUCAACAUGAGGAAGCAGAAGUAUGAAGAGAGAGAUCCAGAGAAACUCCUGCAGUCCAACAGAGAAGUGAUUGUGAAACUUGCUGAAGUGGCUUUCAAACAGCUGAUGAAGGGCAAUGUGAUGUUCUAUGAGGAGGACCUGAUUGAGAGCAGCAUAGACGUCACUGAUGCCUCAGUGUAUUCUGGGAUUUGCACUGAGAUCUUUAAGCAGGAAUCUGUGAUUCAUCAGAAGAAAGUCUACAGCUUCAUUCAUCUGAGUGUUCAGGAGUUUCUCGCUGCUUUCUAUGUGUUUUACUUUCAUGUGAGUACAACUAUGCAGGGACUGAGGAAUUUUGCUUUAGUACAACAUUUGCUCAAAGUUGCAGUAGAGCAAGCCCUUGAGAGUAAGAAUGGCCAGCUGGAUCUGUUCCUGCGGUUCCUGCUGGGCGUCUCACUAGAGUCCAAUCAGAGACUCUUACAGGAUCUACUGACACACACAGAGAAUAGCUCAGAGAGCAUCAGGAGAACCACACAGUACAUUAAAGAGAAGAUCAAAGAUGGACAUGGACUCUCCACUGAAAGAUCCAUCAAUCUGUUCCUCUGUCUGCUGGAAGUGAAAGAUCAGACUCUGUUCAGAGAGAUUCAGGAGUUUGUGAAAUCAGACAAACACUCAGAGAAGAAACUCUCUCCGGCUCACUGCUCAACAAUCGCCUACAUGCUUCAGAUGUCAGAGGAGCCGCUGGAUGAGCUGGACCUCAAGAAAUACAACACAUCAGAUGAGGGGAGAAGAAGACUGAUACCAGCUGUGAUCAACUGCAGAAAAGCACUGUGA